UCGUUACAGACUUACAAAAAUAAUUAAAUUUACAACUCACGAUCAUGACAACCGCUAAUGAAGAGUAUAGUCGGGAUGAAUUAAAUCCCCCUGCAUGGUUAAAUGACGAUUUUUUUCAAUCUGCUGUGCGUUCUUUUAAACAAGACGAGACAAUAACGGUUAAAAAUCUCGUUUUGCGUCCCGGAACGAAGCCUGGCGAGCAUUAUGCGAGUAUCAUGUUUCGUGCUGAAGUGACUUUCGACUCAAAAAGUUCGAAAAAUGAAAAAAUCAUGUUAAUUCUGAAGACAAUGCCGAUUGAAGAAGGCGCGAAAAUGGAUUUGCUCAAAGAAACGACGGCUUUUUCGACGGAAACGCGAAUGUAUGAGGAAAUUUUACCGGAAAUGGAGAGAAUUUUGAAGAAAAUUGGGGAUGAAACGCGUAUUGGACCUACUUUGGUGUACGCAAGUAAUGAUCCAGCACCUGUAAUUGUCUUAAUAGACGAAAGCCCGAACGGGUUUCAAACCUAUUCAAAGGGUUUGGAUGUAGAGCAAAUUCAAGUUGUGGUAGAAAGAAUCGCAAAAUUUCAUGCUUGCUCCGUUUUUAUGAACGAAAAUGGAGUUGAUAUGAAAAGUUUUUGCGAUUCGCCGUACGAAUUGAAGGAAGGACGUCCCGAUUUCUUGGAAGAACUUUUUAUGCCGACAAUUAGGAAAGCUGUUGAAGCAUUUAAAACAUGGGACGUCGAUGAAAACUUGAAAAAUGUCUUGGGAAAGAACUUGGAAGUCUUAGCUGAACGGAUUCGAGACCUCUUUUUGAAUAGCGAAAAGCGUUUUUAUUCGGUUUUGAUGCAUGCCGACUUUCAUUUCAAAAAUAUGAUGUAUCGGAAUGACGGAAAAAAGAGUGAGGAUUACCUUUUGCUUGACUUUCAAUUUUGUAUGUGGAACACUCCUGCGAGCGAUAUCUACUCCCUAAUUAACAGCGUUGGUGACGAUGACAUUCGUGAAAAGCAUCGAAACGAAAUUUUCGAGCAAUAUUUUGUCAUUUUUCGAGGUACUUUGGAAAAAUUGGGCUUUCAAGGCAAAAUUCCAACAUUCGAUGAUUUUCAAAAGGAGCUUUUACGCUGCUCUCUGAUCGAAUACAUGUUCUUUAUCAUCUUUGUGCCUUUUCAACACGUUGACUGGUCCUCUAUCGACAUCAAUGCGAUCAUGGAGACGAAGGAUUUUCACAGCACCGUCAAAGGAGUGUGGAAAAACGAGAAUUUUCAAGCAAAAUUCAUCAAAUUAGUCGAACGAUUACUUCCAUUGGGAACUUUUGACUAAAUUUCGAACCACAAUUUGAUUGUGUUUGCUUUGUAAUCUAAUAAAUUUUGCAUCAAGGUCAAUAAUUUUAUCUAUGA